CAGGGAAGCGCGGGAAUGGGCGGUAAUGUCUGGUCUUAGGCACGUUUUGUUAAAAUAAUGAAAAACGCACUGUAGGAUGAGGGGACACCGCGAUGAAGCACAGCGCUUCCAUCUGCAGUAAUAAUAAUAAUAAUAAUAAUAAUAAUAAUAAUAACUGUGGUUGACCAAGACGCCCGAGUUCAGCGACACCCAGUUCCAGCAAGUUUGCAAUGGCUCCACGCGAUGGCCAAGAUUCGACAAGGCCCUGAGAGGGAGCCUGCCAUUGGUCAGAAGCAGGUGUGCUGCAUGAGAGCCCUCCUCCAAUUGGCCGGCACACGGCAGCAAAUCACGCCCUUGAGCUCUGACUGCACCAGAGUGAGAGCGAGAGAGCGAGAUAGAAAGAGAGAGAGAGAGGGUGUACAGGAGAGAGAGGGAGCGUGCGGUCGCGGCUGGGAUGCUGUCUUGGAGGAAGUAGCGAAGGCGGCUACGCGCUACAAGAAGAGUGGCGUGAAUGUUGCACGUCAGACAGAGCCAUAGCGUUCUGGGGAUGCAGCAUGGCUUCACCGUCGCAGUUCGCGAGGUCCUCCAGGGACAUCGCCAAUGUGAUGCAGAGGCUGCAAGAUGAACAAGAGGCAGUUCAGAAAAGGACUUUCACCAAAUGGAUCAACUCGCACCUGGCCAAGCGCACACCCCCCCUCGUGAUGAACGACUUGUUCGAGGACAUCAAGGAUGGGGUGAAGCUGCUAGCCCUAUUGGAGGUUCUCUCGGGCCAGAAGCUGCCCAGUGAACAAGGCCGGCAGCUGAGGAGAAUCCACUGGGUGUCCAACGUAGGCACUGCGCUCAAGUUCCUGGAGGGGAGGCGGUCCGCUUACAGGGGAUCUCCGAUCAAGCUGGUCAACAUUAAUGCCACGGACAUUGUGGAUGGGCGGCCUUCCAUUGUGCUGGGCCUCAUGUGGACCAUCAUCCUCUACUUCCAGAUCGAGGAGCUGACCAGCAACUUGCCAAUGCUGCAGUCGCUGUCCAGCAGCACCUCCUCCAUGGAGAGCCUGGGCAGCUCGGACACGGCCAGCCCGCCCGUCAAGAAGAAGGUGCUCACCAAGGUCCAUGGCAACGCCAAGAAAGCCCUGUUGAAAUGGGUGCAGUGCAACGUGACUGCGCGUCUGGGCGUGGAGGUGAAGGACUUUGGGUCUAGCUGGCGUAGCGGGGUGGCCUUCCACGCCAUCAUCCACUCCAUCCGGCCGGAGCUGGUGGACAUGGAGCACAUACGGGCCCAGAGCAAUCGCAAGAACCUGGAAGAGGCCUUCACGCUGGCGGAGGAGAAGCUGGGCAUCCCGCGGCUCCUCGACCCGGAAGAUGUGGAUGUGGACAAACCGGACGAUAAGUCCAUCAUGACCUACGUGGCCCAGUUCCUGAAGCACUAUCCAGAUGCGCACAGCGCUGAGUCCGAGGGGCAACCGGAGGAGAGAGAACAGCGGAAGGUCCUGAGAGAGACGAAGACUGGGCUAGAUAAGCUGGAGAAGAAAGUAACCCAUGCCCAGGAAGCACAGGGCAGCUUGGCCGACAAGUACCAGUCCUUCAAGGUGCUCCGCGUGCAGUACGAGGGCUGGCGCAAGCAGACGGACGCUCUGCUGAAGCCCUGGCAGGCCGACGGAAAGCUCACCGUGGAUCAGGCGCUCGUCAAGCAGGCGUGGGAACGCGUGUCCUCCAAUCUUCAGGACUGGCACCUGGCUCUGGACACAGGCCUCCCAGGCCCGCUAGGUGACAUCGGGUCGUGGCUGCACCGAGCCGAGGUGGCCCUGAAGGAAGAGAUCCCCAUUCAACAGAACCACGAGGAGACGGCCAACGGAGUCCGGCGUGCCCUGGACCAGCACAAGGAACUGCUGACCUGCCUGGAGGAGCACCAUCAGGCCUUCCAGCAGAUCCAGAGAGAUCGCUCUGUCAGCGGGGUCCCAGUGCUCCCAGAGCAGCUACAGGACAUGGCAGAGAGAUUCAAUUAUGUAUCGACGUCAUCUCAAAUCCACCUGGCUAAACUGGAAUUCUGGGAGUUGAAGUACCGCUUGCUGGCAUUCCUCGUGCUGGCCGAGUCCAAACUCAAGUCCUGGAUCAUCAAAUAUGGCCGUCGGGAGUCAGUGGAGCUGCUGCUGGAAAACUACAUUUCCUUCAUCGAGGGGCAGAAGUUCUUUGAGCAGUACGAAGCAACAUACCAAGCUCUGAAGCAGUCUGCUGAUUUGUACACAAAGGCAGACAUCACAGCUGAGGAGCGGGAGGCCGUGAGCCAUUUCCUGGGUGACACUUCCGCUCAGUGGAAGCAGCUGUCUGUGGAGCUGCGCAGCGUGCGCAGCAUGCUGGAGGAGGUUGUGUCCAACUGGGAGAGGUACAGCAGCAAGGUGGCCCACCUGCAGGCCUGGCUGGAUGACGCCGAGAGCACACUCAACCAACCCGAGAGCGCCAGACGGGAGUUUUUCCGGGACCUGGCUCACUGGAUCGAGCAGCACGCAGCCAUGAAUGACGCCGGCAACUUCCUCAUCGAGACGUGCGAUGAGACGGUGUCUCGGGAGUUAAAGCAGCAGCUGCUCCUGCUGAACGGACGGUGGAGGGAGCUCUUCGUCAGAGUCAAGCAGUAUGCCCGGGCUGAUGAGGUGGACAAGAUGAGGAAGGAUUACCUAGACGGGGUCUCCUCCCUGAACGACUUCCUGCAGCUGGCCAAUGACAAGAUGGUAUCCAAAGUGCAAGUGUCCUUCCUGAAUAUCAGAGCCUUUGUCCAGGACAUGGAGGACAUCAGGCAGAAACUCCCAGCUGCGGAGGCGCAGUACAAGGCAACUGCCCGCAGCGCUCAGCUGCUCACCAAAGACAGCCCACAGACGGAGGCGGAGCAGAUGCUGGCCACCAUGGCGACCAUAAAGGAGCAGCUGAGCAAGGUGAGGGAGAAGCACCUGCCCCUGCUCAGGGAGUCCCAGGCCCUCCUACCCAGCCUGGAGGAGACCGAGAAGCAGAUCACUGGUUUCUACCAGGCCGUGGAGAGGGCCAGCAGCAUCACAGCAUCCCGGGACUUGGAUGCGUCCGGAGACAUCAAGCAAAAGUGUCAGGAUCUGGCUGCGCUUCAGCAGAUGGGCAGAAAGAGCCUUGCGGCCGUGCAGCAGAGUCAGCAGAGCCUGCAGCUCACCCUGGGCUCCAGCAGAGCUCUGCAGGGCUUCGACACGGCAUUGCUGCAGCAGAGAGUCGGCGACCUGCAGGCCACCUUGCAGACUAUGGAGAAGGAAUCCAGUGAGUGGAGAAGGCAUGUGGAAGCCAACAGCAGCCUGAGGAAGAGGUGGGACGAGUCCCACGCUGAGCUGGAGAAGGUGAUGAAGGUGGCCCAGGCUGCACUGAAGGAACAAGGCAACGCAGAAGAGCUACUGAAGAAGCACACGGCGUUCUUUGGCCAGCUGGACCAACGCGUGCUCAAUGCCUUCCUGAAGGCCUGCGACGAGCUGACAGACAUCCUACCUGAGCAGGAGCAGCAGAGCCUGCAGGAGACCGUCCACAAACUGCACAGGCAGUGGAAGGACGUCCAUACUGAGGCGCCGCUCCAUCUGCUGAGGCUGCGGGUGGAGGCGGAGCGUGAGUGGCUGAUGGGGCACCUGCAGGAGUGCCGGGCCGAGCUGGAUCGGGAGGAAGAGGCCCUGCCCACGACCGGCAGCGAGAGGCUGAUCAGGGAACACCGGGCCUUCUUUGGCGAGCGAGGCACCCAGUGUGAGAAGAGGCUUCAGUACAUGCAGGACCUGUGCCAGAAUCUUCCAGAUGACGAUUCUGCCCGCCGCACCACAGAGAGCGCAGGGGUGGCCUUGGCGAAAGCCAUGGAGCAGGUGGACGGUACUUAUCAGAAGCUGCUGCAGCAUCCCGACAAGUGGGAGGAGUUCAGCACCAGAUAUUCUGAGUUCGCGGCCUGGCUCUCAUCGAAGGUCGAGCAGCUGGGGCAGCUGCGCAGACAGGCGGGUGAUCCAGGCGUUUAUGGGCAGGUGAAGGACUCGGUGCAGGAGCUGCAGCGCGAGGCUGAGGAGCAGGAGGAGAACCUGUGCUGGCUGGAGGCGCGACUGGGAGCGCUGCUGGAGGUCUGCUCCGAGAGUGAGGCGCUGAAACAGCAAGGCGGCCUCGCACAGCUCUCUGCUGACUACAAAUCCCUACUCUCCUCCCUACCUGAGCUGGAGGAGGUGUUGUCCAUGGUGGGGAACCGCAUUCAGCUCGGUGUGGAGAUCCAGCACGCUGUGGAGGAGCUGCAGGAGGCUCAGGAGGAGGUGAGACUGGCGACUUCCGCAGUGCUGGACUCCGAGGACGUCAGGCAGGCCCAGCAGCAUCUCCUCACCCAUCAGCAACAGAUGGCACACCUGCAGGCCAGGAGGAAGGACGUGGAGCAGCUGGCUUCGCGCUGCCGGCAGCUGCAGACGGAGGGGAAGACGGACGAAAUGCUGCGGCAGCGGCUGGAGGACGAGCUCCGUGCUGCUGUCCAGACCGCCGAGACAGAACGGCGCCUCCUAGAGGAGACUCUGGUAGCCUGGCAGGAGAUAGAGAGCCAGCAAGGGGCAGCGGAGGACUUUGUGAGCCGUGCUGACUCUGCCCUGGAGAGGGAGCUCACCUUCAGCAGCCUGGAGAGCAUGUUGGCUGAGCUGAAACAAACUAAGGACCUGUACAGACAGAGUGAGGAGCAGGCUGCAGUGACUCAUGUUCUCCUGAAGAGGGCAGUAGAGAUCCAGCUUGGCUCUGCGAACCAGACCCGGCUACAGCAUCGGACCCAGGAGGUCAAGGAGCAGGUGGAGCGUGUAGGGGCCAGGCUGAGGAAAGACAUCGAGACCUUGGAAGCGGCGAUGACUCAGUGGGAGAAGUUCGACCAUGAAUUUGAGGUCCUCUCCACAUGGAUCGGCGAGAGGGAGAAGGAACUUGAUGCUCUUGGUGCCUCUACUGAAUCUCUACAUCUGCAGAGAAGUACUGUGAAGGCUGCAGAAUCCGGCCUGCAGGAGAGGGAAGGAGCCCUGACCCAGAUGGAAGCGGAGUCCCAGGCUCUGGGCAGCUUCCUGUCGGCGGGGGAGGCAGCGCGAGUCAAGGCGCGUCUGACGCGGAUGGGCCGGUACUGGGAGGAGCUCCGCGGGAACGUGGGCCGAUGGGACGAGCAACUGGAGGAGAGUCAGGCCCAGCUGCAGAGGUUCAGCGACAGCCUGGAACAGGCGCGGAUGACCAUGAGCACACUGGGCCAGCGGCUGGAGCGGCCAGUGUCCGCGUGCGGCUCCUCGUCAGACGCCUACCAGGCCCUACAGGAGCACACGGACGUGACCCAGUCCCUGGAGCAGCUGACGGCUGCGUUGCUCACUCUGUCGGGCAGCGCACGCCGGCUAGCCCAGCGGGAGCAGGCUGACGAGGAGAUCACCUCGCUGCAGCGUGACCACGAGGAGCGCCUCCUACAGGGCAGGGAGAAGCAGGUGCAGCUGGAAGAUCUGCUGUCCCUGUGGCAGAGAUACGAGAAGGAGCGCUCCGCCUUCCAGUCCCGGAUCGAGGAGCAAGAGGCUGCCUCCAGCUCAGAGGGCCAUCUCCUCCCUGUGGAUAAUGCCAGGCUGCAGAGCCAGCUGAAAGCUCUCCAGGACCUGCAGACUGAGGUCCCGGCCCAGGAGUCUGCCCAUGGGGAGCUGCUGAACCUGGUAGCGGCCCUGCGCCCGACGGCAUCAGAAGAACAGGCAGAGGACCUCACGGCCCAGCUGGAGACGCUGAGGGAGAGGUGGAGGGCACAGUCCGAGGCUAUACCCAGCAGGAUCCAGCAGCUGCAGACCCAUAUGCAACAGGUCGGACGGCUUGAGGACGCCCUGCUUGAGUUCUCCCAGUGGGCCAAGAGCUUCCUGGCCGGCCUGCAUGACUCCACCCAUGUGGACAUCACGGACCUUGGGGCAGCCGAAGCCCAGGUCAAGGAGGGGGAGUCCUCGCUGCAGGGCAAGACAGAGGCAAAGGAGAGCCUGCAGGGACUUGUGGAGACGCUGAGCACAGCGUGCGAGCCGGGGGAGCAGCCGCUCCUGGUGGGACGACGGGAGGACUGCCUGCAGCCUUAUGUGGAGGCGCAGGAGCUGCUGGAGCGGAGGUGCCACUGCCUGGGGGAGCUGCAAGCCUUUCUGGGAGGGCGAGGCGCAGCGGAGCAGCUGCUGAAGGGAAUGAGGCAGGUUCUGGAGGGAGCCGGCAGCUGGGACAGGGCCCGGAGCGAGGUCUUCAGGCAGGAGCUGGAGGCGGCGGCCGGCCAGCUGACACGCCUGGAGGCGCAGGCGGUGGCUGUGGACGGCAGCCUCAGCAAGGCCCGCUGGCAGCUGCGGGAGGCCAGGACAGGCCCGCGGACGUCCUGCCGAGCUUCAGCCGACGCCCUGGCCGCAUCCAUGGAGGCUGUUCACAGUCUCCUGGGAACUCGACAGAGCGAGGCGGAGGCCCUGGGGGCUCUCUGGACCACAUUCCGCCAGCGCAAGGAACAGCUACUGAAGACUCUUCAGGAGGUGGAGGAGAAGGCCGGGCAGCAUGGCCUCCAGGAGCCUAGCCUCCAAGCCCUCCAGCAGAGACUGCGCUUCUACAAUCAGCUGGAGGAGGAGCUGCACUCGCACCAGCACGAGGAACAGUGGCUGAAGGACAGGGGCCAGCAGCUGGCCCAGAGAGACCCGGAGCUGGCGGGGGAGGCUCUCAGGGAGGUCAGCCUUGUGGAGGCCACCUGGGAGGUUGCCAAGACGCUGGUGUCUGACAGGCAGGGCCAGUGCUGCCUCCUAGUGGACGGCCUGAGGGAGUUCCAGAGCCUGAAAUCGUCUAUCGGAGGCAUCGCGGAGAAAGCGAGCAGCGUGGCGGAGAUCAGAUCGGUCUUGAAGGACGCAGAGGACAUCAGGAGAGCAUUGUCACGGCAUGAGGCGGCGAAGGCAGAGAUGGUGUUGUGCCAGGAGGACCUGGACCUCCUCACCAGCAGGGGGAGGCAGCUGCUGGGCGAGCUGAGCAGCAUCCCUGACUGCGAGCCCCAGGUGCUCCGGCGGGAUCUGGAAGCUGUGGUGGACCACUGGCUUGAUGUGUCUGAGAAGAUUGACGAGAACAUCAAGCGUCUCACCAGGAGUGCCGAGCUCUGGGAGGAGCUACGGCAAGCGGCAGAGGACAUAGAGAGAUGGGCCGGCGGCGUCGCGGUGGAACUAAGCGAGACCCUCGGCAACCUGACAGACAGCCAGCGCGCAGAGGAGCUUCUCUCCCAGCUACAGAUGGAGAUGGAGAGCAAAGAGCGACAGCUGGAGGAGCUGCAGGCGAAGGUGUCAGAACUGAGGCAGCUCAUAGGCAACGAGGAGAUCCCAUCUGAGCUGCAGGUCCUGGAGACCGACCUGAGGAAGAAGUUGGACCAUGCCCACGAGCUCGCUGAGCAAGCUAAGAGCACGGUGAAGGAAUAUCGAUCCCAGAAGCAGGAGCUAGACGACUUCAUCUCCCAGGGGACCAAGCGGCUGAAGGAAGUGGAGGAGUCCCUCUCGGCACUGCCACACGGGCCUGACCCAGAGGAGAUCUGCCGAGUCAAGGACGUCCAGAGGGAGCUUCAGGGUUUGAGGAGCAGCACAGACACCAUGCGGGAUACCCUGGGUGCCCUGUGCAGGCGCUUCCCCUCCGAGGAGUUGGCCCAGCUGGGGCUGGAACUAACGGAGCUCGCCAGGCAGAACGAGGCGGCCCACCUGCUCUGCUCCCGGGCCCUGGGAUCCCUGCAGGACGACCUGCUGCAAAGAUUCAGCGAACUGGCCCAGACAUUCCAGAACUGGCUCCACCAACUGAAGGAUGAGGUAAAAGAGUGUUCUGACCAAUCGGGUGACGCAGCAGCGGUGGAAUGCAAACUGCAGAAAGUGAAGGAGGCUCUAGAGCGCACAGAGGAGGGUGAGAUGAGGCUGACACAGCUGUGUGAGGAAGGGGAAAAGCACCUGCUGCACCUGCCCAAGGCCAGUGCUGGACAGGUGCAGCAGCAGCUCUCCUCCAGCCAACAGGACUGGGAGAGCUUUGUGGAGAAAUGCCGCCUGGCCCAGCAGGCCCUGGAAGAGACAGCAAAUCAGCUGAGCAGUUUUGAAGGCCAGCUGGAGAAGCUGAAGGGCUGGCUGGAGCAGAUGGAAGAUGGCAUGACUGCAGCGCUAACGAGACAGAGCCAGGAGUCCAGGUCUGGGAGGGAGGAGAUGGAGGAGCUGGAGGAGAUGCACAGGGAGCUUCUGAAGGAGAGGGACUCCUUCGAACGACUAUGUCACGAGGCACAGGCCCUGAGCGAAGGUGGCCGUGGGGCUGGGGUCGAGGCGCGGGCUGCGGGGCAGCUGCAGACGCAGCACCAGGCCCUGCUGAAGCGACUGCGGGAGGAGCUGCGCAGCCGGCAGCUGAGCCUGCAGGAGCGUCAGGCCUUCGAGGAGAUACUGCAGAGCACUUGGAUCUGGCUGAGGGGCGUGCAGGAGCGAGUGACUGACCUCAACUGCACCACCGGCAGUAAGGGGGCGCUGGAGAAGAGGCUGGCACUCGUGCAGGACAUCCUGCUGCUGAAGGGUGAGGGUGAGGUGAAGCUGAACAUGGUGGAGGGGAAGGCGGAGCAGCUCCUGAGGGGCAGUGGGGCAGAGGCGGGGCAGGAGGAGAUCCGGUCCCAGUUGCGGGACCUGAAGGACGCCUGGGCCUCUUUGCUUGUUGCCACCAUGAGCUGCCACAGUCGGCUGGAGUGGACCAUGGCCCAGUGGAGCUCCUUCCAGGAGAGCGAAGCCCAGCUGCUGCAGUGGAUGGCGGCCGUGCAGCGGGAGGUGGGAGCGCCCACGCCCCCCCCACCGGGGCUAAAGGACAAGGCCGUGCAGCUGGAGCGCCUACGGGCCAUCCUGGCUGAUGUGGAGGGCCACGAGGGGGUGCUAUCGCGCCUGUCGGAGCAGGCGGCCGAGCUGUGCGCUAAGACGGGCGACGCCACCUUCCGGGAGGAGGCCUGCACCGGGAUGCAGGCGCAGUUUCACAGCAUCGCCGAUGUCGUCAAGGGCAAAGUGCAGCAGGCAACAAACAUGCUGGAGGAGCACGAGCGUUACGCCGAAGCCGUGAGGGACAUGGCUGAUUGGCUGACCUCUGCCAGGGAGGAGCUUCAGCGUUGGGCGGAGCCUUCCGGAGACUCUGCCUCCCUGCAGGGGAAGUUGUCCAAAGUGCAGGAGCUGAUUGAUUCCAGGCAGCAGGGCCGAGAGCGUCUGCGCCGGGUGCAGCGGAGCGCGGAGUCAGCGCGGGAGUACACCCUGGCAGGCGGGGCGGGCGGUGAGCCGCCGGACCAGGAGGCGGGGGCCCUGCAGCGAGGCUGGGAGCAGUGGGAGGGGGCGGUGGUGCGCGCGAGGGACCGCCUCCGCGACGCUCUGGCUCAGGCGGACGGCUCUGAGCGCGAGUUCCGCGCCCUGGCUGCACAGCUGGAGCAGGAGCUACGGGAAUUCGAAGAGCAUCUGCGCGACUGCGGCCGGCGGCUGCUUCCCACUGAGGGGAGGACUGGCAGCGAGGAACUGGCACAGGGCUGGCACGUCGCGAAGGACACUCUGGAGGACCUGCUGGGAAUGGAGCCCGUGACGGACAACCUGAAGAGCCAAUUAAAUGAGCUGUGCCGCUUCUCACGGGACCUCGGCGCUCAGUCGGAGCGAGUCUCAGCGCUGAUCAAAGAAUAUAACAGCCUCAGCCUUCAGGCCGCGCGGGAGUGCCAGAACAAGGAGAAGCUUCUGGAGCAACGCUUCCGCACUGCCUUCCGUGACUUCCAGCAGUGGCUGGUUAACACCAAGAUCAACACUGCCAAGUGCUUCGACGUGCCCCAAAGCAUCGCUGAAGCCUCAGCUGCCCUCCUCAAAGUACAGGAAUUCUUGAAUGACAAGGAGCAGGGACAGACCAAGCUGGAUGCUGUGGUGGUCAAUGGAGAGCUGCUGUGCAGCAUUGUGGGUAAAGAUCGGGUGGACACCAUUCGGGCCAAGGUGACCAGUGCCAGGGAUGACUGGAAGAGCCUGAUGUCCAACCUGCACAAGAGGGAAACAGCUUUGCAGAACCUGCAAGCCCAGAUAACGGACCUGGAGACCAGUGCGGAGCCACUGCAGGCAUGGCUGACUGGGACGGAGAGCGCUGUGCUAGAGAGCAGCUCGCGCCUACAUGACCUGCCAGCCAAGCGUCAGGAACUGCUAAAAUUACAGUCUGUCCUGGAGGAAGUAGCCUCCCAAGAGGGUCAGCUGAGCCGGCUGAAGGAGAAAGCCCAGCUCCUCUGGGAGGGUCAGGCUGCCGGGAAGGGCUUUAUGCACCGCGUUUCCCAGCUCUCUGCACAGUACCUAGCGCUAAGCAACCUGACCAAGGAGAAGGCCUCACGCAUCGACCGCAUUGUCAGCGAGCACCAGCUCUUCUCCCAGGGCCUGAAGGAGCUGCAGAGCUGGGUCACGGAAUCCAACCUCGCACUGCAGACCUACUGCUCUCCGACUGCAGACAAGAACGUGCUGGACCGCAGGAUGAUCAAGCUGGAGGCACUGCUGGCGGCCAGGCAGGAGAAGGAGAUUCAGCUGAAGAUGCUCAUCACGCGGGGGGAGUCCGUGCAGAGGAACACCUCCCCCGAGGGAGUCCCCAUCAUCCGCAAGCAAAUUCAGGACCUCAAAGACUCAUGGGACUCGCUUCUGUCCGCAUCCAUUCAGUGCAAGAGCCAGCUGGAAGGGGCUCUCUCCCAGUGGACCAGCUACCAGGAUGACGUGCGGCAGUUCAAGGGCUGGAUGGAGGCUGUGGAGGUGGCCCUGGGCAGUACUGACAAGCAGUAUUCUGAGAUGAGAGACAAGACUGCCAACCUCGGCAGAGCUAAGCUCCUGUACGAGGAGGUAAUAAGUCACCUCAGCCCGCUGGAGACCAUUGCAGCAAAGGGCGCUAAUAUGGUCGAGCACGGCGCCACCCAGCUGGAGGUCCAGGAACUGCAAGAACGUUAUGCAACCAUCAAAGAAAAGGCCAAGGGAGCGGUGUCCAGGGCGGAAGAGCUUGUGCUGGACCACCAGGAGUACCAGCGCGGCUUGCAUGUGCUGGAAGACUGGCUGGAGCAGGAGCAGGAGAAGCUGGGCUGCUGCUCAGCCCUAGAGGGCAAUGUAGAAGCCCUGGAGAACACGCUGCAGCAGAUACAGGAGCUGGAGGAGCGCUGCUCUGAGGGUCAGACGCUGCUGGCCUCGGUGCUCGCUAGCCGGGAGCGGGUCAUACCCUGGGGCCUGCCGCAGAUCGAGGACCGCGCCCUGGAGACAGUACAGCAGGAUUGGCGGGUGUACCGGAGCCGGCUGGCCGAGGUCCUUACCCAGCACACCAGCGCCCUCCACAGGCGGAGGCAGAUGGAGUACCAGUUCCAGCGAUUGGAGCAGUGGCUGACUGACAUGGAGGCCAAAAGUCAACCACGCACCCAUCGACAGUCAGACAAGGGCACCAAGGAGGAGCAGCUGCAGAUGUUCAAGUGCCUGCAGGAGGAGGCGCUGGGCUUCCAGGAGGAGGUUGAGGGACUGGGUUCCCUUGCCCAGCAGGUUCUGGACGAGGCCCACGUGAGCAGCCGAUCCAGCACCCAGGCCGCCCAUCUCACCGUGCGCUACCACACCCUGCUGCUGCAGCUGACGGAGAGCAUCAAACAGCUGCAGGAUGAGAUCCGUACCAUCGACGAGGCCCAAAGUGUCUUCAGCACCUUCUCUGAUUGGCUCUGCACGGCGCAGGAGAACUUCCGCGCGGCGGCCGUCAGCAUAGACGUGGUGGACCGAGUCACCAUGGAGAGGAAGAUGAAGAAAUUGGAGGCCCUGCAGCGGGAUGUGGAGCAAGGACAUGGCUUCCUGAAGGUCAUGCGGGAGAAGACGGAGCAGGCCGUCUCCUUCUUAGGGGAGGCUGAGGCGGAGCAGCUGCGGGGGGAGGUGGCGGCGCGGCUGAGGCAGCUGGAGGAGCUGCUGGGUGCACUGCGGACGGAGCACGGCGGCCUGGAGAAGCAGCUCCUGCUGACCAAGGAGUUCCUGGACAAAUACAAAGCACAGGCGCAGUGGGUGGAGGAGAUGCGGGACACUCUCCGCUGGCCCCUGGAGCGCAAGGUGGAGCUCUAUCAGAAGAAGGCCCAGAUGGCCAAGUACAAGACCAUCCAGCAGACAGUAGAGUCGCACGAGUCGACCGUCAGGUCCGUGGUGGAGAAGGGCGAGUUGCUGCUGGAAAGUGUGCGAGACUCCUCUGUCGCCGAGGAUGUGGCCAAGCUGCAGGCUGACUUCCAGGAACUGUGCACUAUGGCUGGGGCCCACGUGGUCAGCCUGGCGGAGCAGGUGAAGGAACACGAGGCUUACAACCUGGAGCUGCAGGAGGUGGAGAGGUGGCUGCUGCAGAUGUCAAGCCGCAUGGUGGCGUUCGACCCCGCCCAGAGCGGCAGCAUGGAGGGGGCUACACAGCAGCUGGCCGCGCACAAGGCCAUCAUGGAGGAGAUUGCUGGUUUCGAGGAGCGCUUGAGCAGCCUGAAGGAGCUAGGGGACGAUCUGGUGGCCAGCUGCAGCGACCAUCUGCAGGCCAAAGUCCAGCAGCAGGUUCAGGCACACCAGCAGGGCACGCGGGACAGCUACUCAGCCAUCUGCAGCACCGCCCAGCGGGUGUACCAGAGCCUGGACCGCGAGCUCCAGAAGCACGUGAGCCAUAAGGACACCCUGCAGCAAUGUCAGACCUGGCUGGCCUCAGUGCAGAAGGAGCUACGGCAUGCACAGGCCCCCGUCAGCCUGCAGGAGGCGCUGCAGCAGGUGAAGCAUGACAGAGCCCUCCAGGAACAGGGCAGCACCUACCUGGACCUGGUGUGUUCGGUCUGCGACCUGUCUGACCAAGCGGUGAGAGACACAGCAGCCAAGAUCCAGCAGGUCAAGCUCAUGAUAGAGAAGAGGAUGUCUGACUCCCAGGACCUGGCUGAGAACUGGAAGGAGAUCAAGGAGCAGAGAUCUGAGCUGGAAACUCACUUCCAGGAGAUGGAGCAGCAGCUGCAGAACCUCAGCAGAAGGCCGGCCGAGCUGGAGAUAAAGAUCGCCGAGAACGUGGUGGUCCAGACGCAGGAGUUCCGCCUGCGGCUACAGGAGGAGCAGAGCACCCUGGCUCGGAUGACGGCGAACGUGAGCCGGUUGACGGAGGGGCUGAACUCACCGGAGCAUGCGGAGGUGGAGCGGCUCAGCUGCACCUGGCUAGAGCUGUGUGAGCAGGCCGACGAGCAGCUGGGCCAAACAGAGCAGGAUCUCAGGAGGACACAGGACUACCAUAACUGCAUCAACACUGUGGAGCUUCUGUUUGAGCAGGUGUCCAAGCAGUGGGACAACCUGGCCAGGACAGACACUGAGAGCUCUUCAGAACAUCUAGAGGCUCUAAAGAAGCUGGCGUUGACGCUGGAGGACCAGAGGAGCACUCUCGAUGAACUUAAGGAGCACAGGCAGAGGGUCAUCCAGCGGCUGAAUCUGGACGACAAGGAGCUGGUAAAGGAGCAGGUCAGCCAUUUUGAGCAGCGCUGGGCCCAACUGGAGGGCCUCAUUGAGAAGAAGAUCCAGGAAUCUGCCCUCACCCUAGAGGACAUGAGCCAGGUGGAGUCCAGGCUGAGGGAGGCCCGGGAGUGGGCAGAGGAGCAGCAGCCCACCCUGUCCCAAGCCAUGAAGAUGAGUCCGCCCCCCGAGCUGGCUCAGAGCUUCCUCUUUGACCACCUGAGCGUCUGCAGCGAGCUGGAGGCCAAGCAGCUGCUGCUAGUCCAGGCUGUAUCGGACGCGGACAGAGUGCUGGCCCAUUUGGGCCUGAACGAACGACAGCGACUACAGCAGCUCAUCUCGGACACUCAGGCUGAGGUGGAAAGCCUGAGUGCAAAGGUGGUCCAGCGGAGGAAGUAUCUGAGCAAAGCAUUUACAGAGAGAACACAGUUUCUGCUAGCCGUGGGCCAGGCUACCUCCUGGGUCCAGCAGAACGAGAGAAAGGUAUUAGCUGAGGAUCACAUCGGCCUUCUGCCCGAUGACCUUAGCAAACAGGUCAGGGUGUGCCGCGGUGUCCAGAGCAGCCUCAGGGCCUACCAAAGUGAGCUCACCUCCCUCUGGUCCCAGGGACGGGAUUUGAUAAAGGAUGCUACUGAGGAUGAGAAGGUGGAGAUCAUGGCGAAGCUGCAGGAGCUGCAGAACGUCUUCGAGACGGCUCUGCAGAAGUGUACCCAAAGGUUGCAAGAGCUCGAGAAGAUGCUCGUGUCCAGAAAGUACUUCAAGGUGGACCUGGAUAAAACCUGCCAAUGGUUGAAACAGGCAGAUAUUGUGACGUUUCCUGAAAUCAACCUCAUGAACGGCGACGCGGAGCUGCACGUGCAGCUUGUGAAGUACCAGCAGAUACUGGAACAGGCCACAGAAUAUGAGAAUCUUUUGCUCAUCGUCCAGAGAGCCGGGCAGGAGAUACUCCCCACUCUUAAUGAGGUCGACCACUGUUACCUGGAUGAAAAGCUCAAUGCUCUCCCACAGCAGUACAAUAACAUUUUAGCUUUGGCUAAAGAAAAGCGGGAAAAAAUCCAGCAGGCCAUUCUUGCCCGCAAGGAGUAUGCAUCCUUCAUUGAAGUGACACACAAGGCAUUGAAGGAACUUGAGGAUCAGUUCAUAUUCUUGGGGAAGCAACCGGUAGGCUUGAAGGCAGAAGACAUCGCCCAGCUUCGGGAUGAUUAUAGGUCUCUCCUUAGUGACUUGGCAGACCUGAACCUAGCCGUCAAUGAGCUGAACCAGAAGAAAGAGGGCUUCCGCAGCACGGGUCAGCCCUGGAGGCCCGAGGAGAUGGCCCAGUUGGUGAGCCUUCACAAUGGACUGAAGAGGCUUAUCGAACAGAGAGUGGCACGUUUGGACAGCACACUGGAAUGUUUUGAAGAGCACAGAGUUCUUGCCAUGCAGUUGGACUCUGAGAUAAAGGCUGCAAAAGACCAGCUGGCCAAAGUUAGUGCUGAAACUCAGCCGGGUGAGGAAAGACUGAAGAACUUCCACGCACUGACAGGAAGCCUUCAGGGCGCUGGCUCUAUCUUAAAGAGGGUGGUGGAGUUAAUGGAGACUCUCACCCCUCACCUGGACCAGGCUGAGCACCAAGCCUGUAGACAGCAGGCAAACACGUGGCAGGAAGAGCUGCAGCUCCUCCAGUCGACGGUAGGAGAACGGAUUACAGAAUGUGAGAACCGCUUCGUGGAGAGUGCAGAUUUUCAAGCGGAGGUGAGAAGGACCCUGGACUGGCUCCAGCAAAUAAAGGACAAUUUAGAUGUAACUAUGGUGCGGGAGAUGAAAGUACAGAAGGUGCAGGAAGAGAUAAGAAGGCAACAGAUGGUACAGGAGGAGGUACAGUCCAGGAUGAAGAUUGUGGCUGCCCUGAGCAGCAGGGAGAAGCAGAAGUACAACAAUGUCAAUGAGCUGGUGCCUCCUUACGUGGAUGAUAGUCUGGUGGAGAUAGCGAGGAUGGAGGUGGAAGUCCAACAAGAAAUACGUGAUAAGCAGGCCACUCUGAAGCAGGUUGCAGCGCUAUGUCAGGAGCACCACUCAGCCACGCAGGCGGCCAGCGGGUGGCUGGACGAGGCCCAGGCCCUGCUAAACGAGGCCAGCCUCGGAGUGGAUGUGGAGAGCUGCGAGGAGGCCCUUCAGCGGCAAGCGGAAGUCGCAGCCGCUGAGCACGGCUUCUUGGGCCGCCUAGAGGAGAUGGAGGUACUGGCUGUCCGGUUGGAGUCCCUAGUUGGCCCCGGGACCAGCGAGCUGCUGAGGCAGAAGGCAGCGGUGGCACAGCAGAGGGGAGAGGAGAUCAACACCCAGCUGCAGGAUCACCUGGACGUCUUGAACAGCUGUAUAGCUCAGUGGAGGGCCUACCAGGACGCCAGGCAGGAGGUGGUCGGCCAGAUGAACGAGGCAGAGCUGAAGCUAGCGGAGUUCUCCACAGCCAAAGCUGGCACCUGGCAGGAGGCGGAAGACAAGCUGCAGGAGCACAAGGCAUUGGUGCUGGUGGUGAGCAGCUUCCAGGACGGGCUGGUCGGUCUGGAGGAGCGUGCAGCCCAGCUGGCACGUGUUGCCAGCGAUGCCAGCAGGGCCGCCGUUGGCCGGUCGGUGGUGGCGGCGAGGCAACGCUGGACGCGGCUGCGUACCGUCGCACGAGGCCAGGAGAAGAUCCUGGAGGCCACGGCACACGAGUGGAGGAACUUCCAGGAGAAGAUGGAGAAAGUGCUGGUGGUGGCAGAGGACCUUCAGAGCCGCGUGCCCGACGGCUCCGUGGAGAAGGCCUCCAAGGCCGGCCUGCAGACGCUGCUGGAGUACCAUGACUCCUUCACACAGGAGGUGGAGCGGGAGCACUCCGCCCUCGCCCUGCUGUGCCAGUAUGCUCUCAACCUGCCCAGGGCCACACCCCCGACCACGCCCGUGUCCACGCCUUUGUCCGGCGAGGACGAGCUGCCCAGCUUGCAGGAGAUCCGAGCCAUGCAGGAGCGAUAUGACAGCCUCCUGCAGCAGGUGCGCAGGACCAGGGCCCAGGUGCAGCAGGAGCUUCAGGAACGUGAGGAGGUGGAGCGCGAGCUGGGCCUGGUGAAGUCCUGGAUCCAGGACACGCAGGGCCUGCUGCCUGGUCUGGCGACCGACGAGGGCUCCAUGCUACAGGAGCUGGAGGUGCUGCAUGGAAAGUUGAUCUCCCACCGCCAGAACGUGGAGAGGAUCACAGAGCAGCAACAGAGCAAGUACCUGGACUUGUACACCAUCCUCCCCUCUGAGAUCUCGAUGCAGCUGGCCGAGGUGACGCUGACCUUGGGCUCCUUGGAGGAGCAGCUGCAGACGAGGGAGCGAGAGAUACAGCAAACCAAAGACAUCAGGGAGGACUUCAGCUGCAGGAUCCAUGACAUCUCGGAGAAGAUGAGGAUCAUCUCGGUCAAGCUGAAGGAGAAGGCCCCAGAUAUCUCUCAAGCUAGAGAAGAAACCAAGGCCUUAAAGGAGGAGCUAGAGAGCUGCGGGCGGAGCCUAUCCGAGCUGGAUGCCGCCGUCCAAGAGUUCGGUGAGCAGAACCCGACGUUAUCGAAGCAGCUGAAGGACGCCAUCACCAAGCUGAAGGAGAUUCACCACCACACUGGGCGCCUGGCUGACUACAGAACUGCACGGUUGAAGAAGGCUGGCUCCCACGUACACGACUUCAGCGAGAUGCUGGAGUUUGUCAUGGCCUGGACAGAGAGAGCCGAGGCCGUGGUGAAGGAUAGCCUGAUCUGGAGCUCCUCCUCUCAGCUGCAGGACCAGAUAAACACAUACCAGCUGGUGCUGCAGGAGUCCCGGGAGCUCCACACCAACCUCGACACCAUGGCCGAGCGGGCGGCCCUGCUGUCGGAGGUGCUGCAGACAGAGGCCAUGAACCAGCAGGUGUCCGAGCUGGGCCGUCACACGGAGGAGCUGCAGCAGAACAUCAGGACACGGCUUCAAAGCCUGCAGGAUGCAGCCAAGGAUAUGGAAAGAUUGGAGCUGGAGGUGAGGGACCUGCAAGCGGCCCUGGAAUUGGCCCAGGGGACCCUGACGUCCCCGGAGCUGGCCCGGCUCAGCCUGAAGGAGCAGUUGGCCCAGAGACAGCGCCUGCUCACAGACAUGGAGGGCCUGAAGCAGCAGGUGCAGGCGGUGCAGGCGUGCCAGAGCGGUCUGCGUGUGCCCGAAGAGGCCGUCACCAGCCUGCCAAUCUGUCGCACUGCCCUGGCUCUGGCACAGGAGGCCAGCCAGCUGCAGCACACUGCCAUCCAGCAGUGCAACAUUCUGCAGGAGGCCGUGGUGCAGUACGAGCAGUACGAACAGGAAGUGCGUCACCUCCAGAGGCUGAUCGAGGAAGCGCACCGUGUCAUUCAGGACCGACCCGUCUCCACCAGUAACAUCCAGGAGCUGCAGGCCCAGAUCCUCCACCACGAGGAGCUGGCCCAGAAGAUCCGGGGCUACCAGGAGCAGAUCGCCACCCUCAACUCCAAGUGCAACAUGCUAACGGUGAAGGCCAAGCACGCCACCAUGCUGCUGACCGUGGCUGAGGUGGAGGGGCUGUCUGAGGGACUGGACGAGCUGGACGCCGAGGCCCUGCCCACACCCCCCCCUGUGGUGAUGAUGACCGCAGGCCGCUGUCACACGCUCCUUUCCCCCGUCACCGAGGAGUCCGGGGAGGAAGGCACCAACAGCGAGAUCUCCUCCCCGCCUGCCUGCCGUUCUCCCUCGCCAGUGGGUAGCGCUGACACUUCCCCAAACCAGGCAGCCCCAGGCCGCUCCUCCCCUGACCAGGCUCCUCCCCCAGACCUCUUUGAAUCGACGCUGGAUUGCAUCUCAACUGCCAAUCUGGAUGACCUGCAGCAUUCCUGGGAGACGCUGAAGAAUGUGAUCAGUGAGAAGCAGAAGACCCUGUACGAAGCACUGCAGAGGCAGCAGGGCUACCAGGAUGCCCUGCAGUCCAUCUCGACCAAGAUGGAGUCCGUGGAGGUCCGGUUAAAUGAGGGACCUGGGUCCGACCGGACCCCCGAGAGCCAGAUGGCGGCUCAUCAGGCCCUGAUGGAUGACAUCCUGAUGCUCCAGGACGAGAUCAGCGAUCUGCAGUCGCGCUUCGGCGAGGAGCUGGCGGUGGACGGCCCCGAUGCAGACUCGGCCGACCAGCUGGCAGUGCAGUCCACCCUGACUGUGCUGGCCGAGAGGAUGGCCACCAUCCGCAUGAAGGCAUCUGGAAAGAGGCAGCUCCUGGAGGAGCUUCUGAGCGAGCAGCUAGAAGAGCAGCGGCAGGAGCAGGCCCUGCAGAGAUACCGCAACGAGGCAGAUGAGCUGGACCACUGGCUGCUCCGUACCCGCGCCGCGCUCAGCUCCGCACUGAGCUCCGCCCUGCAGCCACACCCCCAGGACAUGGACAUGGAGGAGCAGCUCAUCGACUGUCAGAACAUGCUGCUGGAGAUGGAGCAGAAGGUGGCGUCGCUGGCGGAGCUGUCAGUGCACAGCGAGAGUCUGGUGCUGGAGGGGCGGGCGCACACGCGCAGGGAGGCCGAGCAGCUGGCCCACAAACUGCACACGCUUAAAGGGAGCCUGCUGGAGCUGCAGAGGAUGCUGCAGGACAAGCAGGUCAGCAUCCAGGGGUCCCUCCAGGAACAGGAGAUCAGCGAGCCAGACUCAGGGCUCUCCCAGAGCCCUAGUGUACAGGACUGGCUAGCCCAGGCCCGGUCCACACGCUGCCAGCAGCACCAGGACAGCCUACAAAGGCAAAAGGAACUGGAGGAGCAACUGGCUGAGCAGAAGAAGCUCUUGCAGUCCGUGGCUGACCUGGGGAAGGAGCUCAUGACGCCCAAUGGCUCCAGCGUGUUGGGCUUCAUUCCUCCUGAGCACGCAGAGGGUGAGGUGGCCGACCAAAUCAGGAACAGGUGGGAUAACCUGAGCAGGGACCUGAACACCAAACUGCAGCUGUUGCAGAACUCGGCGGAGCAGGACCAUCGCGUGCCGGUGUACAGCAGAGCCAGCAGUGUCAGCACGCCCAGCUCCGUCUACAAAGAGGAGCCUUCUGUUCUGGAUAAGUCCUCCAUCAGGACUCUGUUUGAAGAUUUCAACGACACUCUUCAGGAGGCCUCCUCAUUGACAGGGGGUGCCGAGAAGAGGGGCAGGUCACUGGAGCAACAGCUGUACUCGGCUGUCUGCUCCGCCUCCUCCUGGACGGACGACGUGGAGAGCAGCCUGUUUUCCGGGCACGUGCUGCUGGCAGAGGGUGCCGAGACUCAGCUGUGUAACCAGGAGGCCCUCGGGAAGGAUGUCCGAGAGGUGGAGGAGGAGGUGGGGCGGAGCAUGAAGUUGGUGGCGGACUCUGCGUGGCUGUGCAAGGAGGCGCAGGCUCCGAUGGAGGAGGCGCUGGACUACCUGCAUGCCCGGCUGGAGACCCUGGACUCUGUGUUGGAGCAGCGCUGUGAGGAGACCAGGAGAAGGCUGCAGGAGCUCAGCUCCUUCCAGACAGAGCUGCGGCUGCUCUUCACAGCUUUGGCGGAGACGAAACGUCACGCCCUGCAGAGGCUGGCGGAGGUCAUGGACAGGCCGGCCCCCAAACAGGCCGAGACAAUCGCGGAGGCUGAGGAGAGCGUGCGGGAACUGGAGCAGAGGAUGGUGGAGCUGAAGUCCAGGGGAGAGGCUCUCCAGCCUGAUCAGGUUUCCACCCAGGAGCUGCUCAAGCUGCAGGAUGCCUACGAGGAGCUUGUGCAUCUGGUGGGCUCUCGACGCAGUGGGCUGAACCAGAACCUGGCCCUGAAAGUCCAGUGCGAGCAGGCACUGCAGGACCUGGUGGAUCUGCUGGACACGGCCCAGGACAAGAUGGCCGCCGACCAGAAGAUGAUCGCCAGCUCUGUGGACGAAGUGCAGAACGUACUGGACAAGCACAAGGAGUUCUUCCAGGGGCUUGAGUCCCACAUGAUCCUGACGGAGACGCUUUUCCGGCGAAUUGGCGGCUUUGUGCUGCCCCGCGAGAACCAGGCCCUGGAGGAAACGCUGGCGCAGGCCCAGGGGGUGCUCAAGCAAGCCCACAAGCGGGGCGUGGAGCUGGAGUAUGUCCUGGAGUCGUGGACCCUGCUGGAGGAACAGUACCAGGCCCUGCUUACACAACUGGAGGCAGUGGAGGCCAGCAUUCCCACCAUAGGCCUGGUAGAAGAGACUGAGGAAAGGUUGGCUGAAAGGAUCACACUGUACCAGCGGCUGAAGGCAGGCCUGGCACAGAGGCAGCCCCAGCUGUACCAGGCCCUGGAGGACGGCAAGCGCCUUCUGCUGACAGUGAGCUGCUCGGGCCUGGAGGCCCAGCUCACUCAGCUGGCUGAGCACUGGCUCAGCUGCUCCACCCGCGUCAACAAGGAGCUGCACCGCCUGGACUCCACCCUCAAGCACUGGGCCAGGUACCAGGCAGAGUCCGCCGAGCUUAACCAAUGGCUGAGAUCGGCUCUGGACCGCUUGGAGUUCUGGUCCACGCAGUCAGUGACGGUUCCCCUAGAGUUGGAGACCGUCCGGGACCACCUGUAUGCCUUUCUGGAGUUCUCCAAAGAGGUGGAUGCCAAGUCCUCGCUGAAGGCAUCGGUGCUGAACACCGGCGGGCAGCUACUGCGGUUGAAGAAGGCGGAGACAGCACCGCUGCGGGCGGCGCUGGGCCGGCUUGACACACAGUGGGCCGAGCUGCUGGCGCGCAUCCCCAUCGUGCAGGAGAAGCUCCACCAGCUGCAGAUGGAGAAGCUGGCCUCCCUGCAUGCCAUCACUGAGCUCAUGAGUUGGAUCUCCCUGAUGGAGAAUGUGAUCGAGGAGGAUGAGGAGAAGAUCGACGGGGCCGUGGGGUCAGAGGCCAUCCAGAGCUAUCUCCAGAAGUACAAGGGGUUUAAGAUCGACCUGAACUGCAAGCAGCUGACGGUGGACUUCGUGAACCAGUCCGUGCUGCAGAUCAGCAGCCAAGACGUGGAGAGCAAGCGGAGCGACAAGACCGACUUCGCUGAGAAGUUGGGCGCUAUGAACCGGCGCUGGCAUGUCCUGCAGGGCCGCAUCACCGAGAAGAUCCAGCUGCUGGAGGGUCUGUUGGAGUCCUGGACGGAGUACGAGAACAGCCUACAGACCCUGAGGACGUGGUUUGCUGCUCAGGAGGAGAAGCUUAAGAAGAAGAACCGCAUAGAGGACCUGGCCUCUGUCCAGAAUGCCCUCAAAGAUUGCCAGGAGCUAGAGGAAAUGAUCAGGGAGAAGGAGAAGGAUGUGGAGAAGGUGGAGGAGCGAGGUCACGGCCUCAUACUGAACAAGAGAGAGGAGAUCUGCACCGUCAUCACAGAGACACUCCAAAGCCUCAAUCACACAUGGGCUAACCUGGAUCACAUGACCGGACAGCUGAAGAUCAGCCUGAAGUCAGUGCUAGAGCAGUGGAACCUCUACAAGAGAGCAUCUGAGGAGAUCAGCGGAUACCUGAUGGAGGGACGGUACUCGGUGUCCCGCUUCCGUCUCCUCACAGGUUCCCCGGAGGCUGUGAUGGUCCAGGUGGAGAAUCUGCAGAACCUCCAGGAGGAGCUGGAGAAGCAAGAGAACAGUCUGAGGAAGUUUGGCUCCCUGACGCACCAACUGCUGAAGGAAUGCCAGCCCGCUGUGGCCGACGUUCUCAACGGCGCCCUCAAGGAUGUCAAUUUGAGGUGGAACGGGCUGCUAGGGGAGAUCGGGGAACAGCUGAGGAGCAGCAAGGCUCUGCAGCAACUGUGGCGGCGCUACCAGGAGAUUUACGGCCAGAGCGCGGCUGCCGUUCAGCGACAGGAAGAGCAGGCCAACCAGCUGCUUCAGGCCGCCGACGGCAAGGACGCCACCGACGAAGAGGUGUCCUCCUGGGUCCAGGAGUGCAUUGAGCUGUUGCAGGCCCAUCAGCCGUUACAGGAGUCCCUGCAUGUGCUGCAGGAGCUGGGAGAGCAGCUGAGAAGGCAGGUGGAUACCUCGGCAGCCGCAACCCUGCAGUCUGACCACCUGUCACUGGCUCAGCGCCUGGCCGCGGUGGAGCAGGCGCUUGUCAAACAGCAGGCGGUGCUACAGGGCGGUGUGCAGGACUAUCAGAACUUCGGUGAGCAGCUAGACAAGCUGGACCGCUGUGUUGCAGAGGCGGGACAGGUUCUGAAGGCUCAGGAGCCCAGCGGGACUGCAGAGCUGUCGGUCAUCCAGACCCGUAUGGAGGAGCUCAAGGGGCAGAUGCUCAGGCUGAGUAGCAUGGGCCCCGACCUGGAGCGUCUGAGUGAGCUCGGCUACCAGCUGCCCCUCAGCGACGCCGAGGUGAAGCGGAUGCAGAGACUGAACCGCAGCUGGACCAGCACCACGGCUCAGGCCACGGAGAGGUUCAGCAAGCUGCAGGCCUUCCUGCUGGAGCAGCAGAGCUUCUUGGAGAAGUGUGAAGCCUGGAUGGAGUUCCUGGAGCAGACAGAGGAGAAGCUGGCCGUGGAGAUCUCCGGGAACUACCAGAGCCUUCUGGAGCAGCAGAGGGCCCACGAGAUCUUCCAGGCUGAGAUGUUCUGCAGACAGCUGGUGCUCCACUCUAUCAUCAGUGACGGUCAGCGGCUUCUGGAGCAGGGACAGGUGGACAACAGAGAUGAGUUUAGCCUGAAAUUGGCGCUGCUAAGCAACCAGUGGCACGGGGUGGUGCGGCGUGCCCAGCAGCGACGUGGCAUCAUCGACAGCCUGCUGCGCCAGUGGCAGCGCUACAGGGAGAUGGCCCGCAAGCUGCGCGGGUGGCUGACGGAGGCGGCGCAGCAGGUGGAUGAAGCCCAGCAGGGGGCGCCGGUGCCACUGCAACAGGUCCGCUCCCUGCUGGAUGAGGUGCAGCUGAAGGAGAAGGCCCUGCAGCGGCAGCAGGGCAGCUAUAUCCUGGCGGUGGAGGCGGCGCGGCAGCUGCUGCUGUCGGUAGACAGCGGGGCGGAGGCGCAGCUGCAGGCGGAGCUGACGGAGGUGCAGGAGCGCUGGAGGCACGUCGCCACCCGGCUAGACGAGCGCCGCAGGGAGCUGGAUGCCAUGCUCAAGGAUUGGGAGAGAUGCGAGAAGGGAAUUGGAGGCUCGUUAGAGAAGUUGCGCGCUUUCAAGCGUAAGCUGUCCCUGCCUCUACCUGACCACCAGGAGGCGCUGCAUUUGGAGCAGAUCCGCUGCAAGGAGCUGGAGAACACGCUGGCCAGCUGGACAGAGGAGCUGUCACACCUGGGCCUCCUGAAGGGGGCGCUCUUGAGUGGCAUCAGCACGGAUGACCUGUCUGUGAUGCAGGAGCGCAUCCAGCUGCUGCACCGCCAGUGGGAGGAGAUCUGCCAUCAGCUAGCCCUCCGCAGGCAGCAGGUCAAUGAGAAGCUGAACGAGUGGGCGAUCUUCAGUGAGAAGCACAAGGAGCUGUGUGACUGGCUGACUCAGAUGGAGAGCAAGGUCUCGCAGAACGGGGACAUCAGCAUAGAGGAGAUGAUCGACAAGCUGAGAAAGGACUACCAGGAGGAGAUGGCCGUGGCCCAGGAGAACCGGCUGCAGCUGCAGCAGAUGGGCGAGCGCCUGGCCAAGGCCAGUCACGAGGGCAAGGCCGCCGAGAUCGGCAACAAGCUCAGCAAAGUCAACGAGCGCUGGCAGCACCUGCUCGACCUCAUCGCUGCCAGGGUGAGGAAGCUCCGUGAGACGCUGGUGGCCAUGCAGCAGCUGGACAAGAAUAUGAGCAGCCUGAAGUCCUGGCUGGCUCACAUGGAGACUCAGCUGGCCAGGCCCAUCAUCUACGACACCUGCGACGCUCAGGAGAUCGAAAAGAAGCUGGGUCAGCAGCAGGAGCUCCAACAGGACAUCGAGAAGCACAGCACAGGCGUGGCAUCAGUGCUGAACCUGUGUGAGGUGCUGCUGCAUGACAGCGAUGCCUGCUCCACCGAGGCAGGCUGCGACUCGAUCCAGCAGGCCACACGCGGGCUGGACCGCCGCUGGAGGAGCAUCUGUGCCACCUCCAUGGAGAGACGGCUCAAGAUCGAGGAGACAGGGAGGCUGUGGCAGAAGUUCCUGGACGACUUCUCGCGCUUCGAAAGCUGGCUGAGCGAGUCGGAGAGGACGGCUGCCCUGCCCAACUCCUCGGGCGUGCUCUACACCGUGGCCAAGGAAGAACUCAAGAAGUUUGAGGCAUUCCAGCGGCAGGUCCAAGAGAACUUGACCCAACUAGAGCUCAUCAACAAGCAGUACCGGCGCCUGGCCCGAGAGAACCGCACCGACUCCUCUUCCCAUCUGCGCCAGAUGGUGCAUGAUGGGAAUCAGCGGUGGGAUAACCUGCAGAAGAGGGCGGCCUCUAUUCUUCGUCGCCUCAAGCACUUUAUCAGCCAAAGGGAAGAAUUUGAGGCAGCUAGAGACAGUAUCCUGGUGUGGCUGACGGAGAUGGACCUUCAACUGACCAACAUUGAGCACUUCUCAGAGUGUGACGUUCAAGCCAAGAUACGGCAGCUCAAGGCAUUCCAGCAGGAGAUCUCCCUGAAUACCAGCAAGAUGGAGCACGUCUUCCACCAGGGGGAGGUGCUCAUAGAGAAGAGUGAGCCCCUGGAUGCCGCCGUAAUCGAGGAGGAGCUGGAGGAGCUGCAGAGGUACUGCCAGGAGGUGUUUGGCCGCGUCGAGCGCUACUACAAAAGGCUGACCCGUCUCCCGCUCACCGACGACGAGCACACUGGUUCCGACCAAGAGCUGGAUCUGGACGAUGUCACUCUGCGCUGGAACGACAACUUCAGGAAAAGCACGCUGGCCACCUCCGGCUGCCCCCCUACGGUAGUGAUGGGGGCCCAUGUGGAGCCCUCGGGGAGAGAUACCCCAGCCAGCGUGGACUCUAUCCCGCUGGAGUGGGACCACGAUUACGACCUGGAGACCGAGCAGCCGGGCGGUUCCCAGGACAGGGAUCUGGAGUUCCUCCACGGGGUAGCUGCAAUCUCAGAUGUAGUGAUUCCCGAGAGCCCAGAGGCUUAUGUCAAAUUGACAGAAAGGACUCUGAUGUCCUCCACUGGAGAACCGGAUGCCUUGGGAACACAUGGUCAGUACCACCUGCAGGAGGCCGAUGAAAUCCUCCGCAGCCGCACCCCGACCAGCCCAGACCUCAGCGGCUCCUACACGGGCUACAUGAGGCUGAUGGGAGAUUGCCGGAGCAACAUCGACACCAUGAAGAGGAUGGGCGGUGAACUUAGCGACGGCCAGGACGAGCUGCUGGGCCUGAUCAACUUGAACACCACCGAGUCCCAGACGCCGGGUGUGAUCGAGCGCUGGGAGCUGGCUCAAGCUCAGGCCCAGGCCCAGAACCCAGAGCAGAACCUGCAGCGGUGGCAGCAGCUGCAUGCAGACCUCGACAUCAUGCUGUCGUGGCUGCGUCAGGCAGAGGAGGAACUGCUGCAGCUGCGCGGACUGGACCGCAGCUUGGACAUCCAUGACAUCGAGCUGCGCAUUCGGAAACUCAAGGAGCUGCAGAAGGCAGUGGACAGCCGCAAGCCUGUCCUGCUGUCCAUCAACUUGAGUGCCACAGAGCUCUUCAAAUCAGAACCCAGCGAAUCCCAGGAGGUCAGAGAGGCCCAGCUGCGGCUGAAGGAGAUGAACGGACUCUGGCAGCAGCUGGGCACUUCCCUGGAGGACUGGCGCCAGUCCCUGCAGGAAGCCCUCAUGCAGUGUCAUGAUUUCCAUGAGAUGAGCCACGGCCUGCUCCUGUGGCUGGAGAACAUCGAUCGCAGGAGGAGUGAGGUCACUCCCAUUGACGCCAGCCUGGACCAGGUCACCCUCCUGGAGCAUCAUGGCGUGCUCAGGCAAAUCCAGACAGAGCUGUUGGACUCGCAGCAGAAGGUGACCCUGCUGGAGGACAUGUCCGUCCAAUUGCUGGUGCACACGCAAGGCGGCGACUGCCUGGAGGCCGGUGAGAAGGUACAUGUCAUCAGCAACCGGCUCAAGCUGCUUCUGAAGGAGGUGAAUAAGGACCUGCAGGAGCUGGAGGAGUUACUGCGGCGGGGGGGUCUGUCGUCAUGGUCUUCUGUGGACGAGCGGGACACCUCUGGGUCCGGGGCGCCCCAGCCUGGGCGGAGCAGUCCGACUCAGGGCCUAUCGCCCCGGGGCAAAUGUAGGGUGUUACAGCUGGGACCCCCUGUCAGCCGUCCACACCGCAGGUCUUCCCAAGACUCUGGGUGCGGUUCGUCCCGCUCUGAGGCGCGGGUGGUGGUGCCCUUCCUGCUGCGGGUUCUGCGGGCCGCCCUGCCCCUGCAAUUGCUCCUCUUACUGCUGUUGGCCCUGGCCUGUCUGGUGCCUGCUACCCAGGAGGACUACAGCUGUGCCCUCUCCAACAACUUUGCCCGCUCCUUCCACCCCAUGCUACGCUACACCAACGGGCCGCCACCCAUAUGAGCGUGGCGGCUGGGGGACGGGGGUGGGGGGGGAACUCCCAGCAGCCACUACAGCUGCAGUCUUCAAACCAUGUUCCUGAGAUCACAGGAAGGCGGCGCCGUGCCGUUAGCCGCGGUCGCUGUUGUCACGCCACGAUCCAGCGAGCCGCGCACACGCUCAGUCCGCACAGAGUCACACAGUAUAACUCUGCAGCGAGGCCCAGAGGGGGCGGACCACCCCGGUCACGCGCUGUCAGCCGCCCUGUCACACGGCCUGCACUUCCUGCCAUGGGACGAGCCGUUACCAUGGCAACAGUCUCACCCAAGGGAAAACCUGUCUACUCAAUUAUAGGGGCUGAAGAUUUUUUAAAUUAACAUUUUAAAUGGCUUAUAUAUGGCAAUUAUUUUUUUACGUUUAUUUUUGGCAUGCAAUUAUAAUCUUUGCUUUGAGAUACAAUCACUGGUAGUCCUCUGUAGGUCUAUGAGUGCGGUACCUUUUACCAAUGGCAGUAACUGGAUGUAUGACUCAAUCACUGGAUGUGUAAUGAAACUGUAAAGAUGAAAUAAUGAAAGUGGUUAUUUAUCUCUGUACAGUUUGCUAACGCUUUGUUUCUUUGCAUUGAAUAUACACACAUAUCAUGUA